ACUGCCUGUCAGCACAGACAGUCCCCCUGCAGGCAGACACAUGGACACCUAUUGUGGCCAUGUGAUCGCUCUGUUAAGCGAUCACAUGGCCACAGGGGUCCUAAUUCAGUGUGGGGAGACUGUCUGGGCUGCAGGCAGUCUCCCCACAACCGGAGCCACGCUGAUUGCAGCCGGGGGAACGACGGUGAUCAGGUAAGUAACGGAGACCGUUAGGACGGUUCAGGACCGUCAUAGGUCCUCAAGGCAAAAAUGCCGAUGAUGGUCCUGAACCGUCCUCGGUCGCUAAGGGGUUAAUGUUAUCAUUGGUUAUGUUUAUAAAGUUUUUUCUUUGCUGCUGAGGAAAUAAAGAAAGAGUUAUGCAUAAUACUCGCCUCCGUGUCUUUAAUAAAAUCAUGACUUUACGUCAUGGUAAUAGUAAAAUCCGUGAAUUUUGGCAUCAUUUCACUCAGCAUCUCAGUGAGAAGCAUUGGAUUCAGUGCUCCUCUAUGAGAAUAGAUCUGCGAGAAGCAUCUUAUUAUCCAAGUGAUCAUUAUGAUUUAAGAUUGAAAUUAAGAUUUGAAGGUGGGCAGAAUGAGAUGAAGUGAGCCAAAUGUCUGUCACCUGGAUCACAGGUACCUUUAAUGGCUUUCUGCACAUUACUUAAAAAAAAGAAAGAAAACAUUGGACCCAUAAAGUAAAGAAUAACAUAUCAAUGGUAUUUCUAAUAUUGCUGUAAUUAAUCAAGUAAAACAGUGAUGUACAGGCAGUAUGUAAUUACUGGGAAUUGAAUGGACUCCUGCCCAGCCCCCCUGGCAGGUCACUGAUGACUCAGUGAAGGACAUGAUAAGAAUAGGCGGAGCGCGGGAAGGCGGGUCACGUGACAGCGUUGGCGCACAGUAUAAGAAGGGGGCAGAGCGCGGGAAGGUUGGACCAUAACACAGUGAGAAGGACAAACUGAGGUUGAUGCUCGCGCGCAGGUACGUGAUCGGCUUCGCGCCGUAGCGGGUGGCGGCAGUUUACCGGGUCUCGUGCCAGCCCUGUAGCGCUGUGUUAAUGUAUUUGGUUUCUGUAGUAAUGGAGGCUGGCGGCGGUCAGGGAGCUGCUGUUGACGAUGUGUAAGGCUGAGGGUUUCCGGGGCUGGGUGCCGGGCUCGGUGUGAUAACGGGGGGCGAGGGGGGCUGGAUGCCGGGCUCGGUGUGAUAACGGGGGGCUGGAUGCCGGGCUCGGUGUGAUAACGGGGGCGGGGCUGGGUGCCGGGCUCAUGUGUGUGAUAACGGAGGGGGAAGGGGGCGGGGGGCUGGAUGCCGGGCCAGUGGGUUGAGGUCAGUGGAUGGCGGGGCUGGAUGCCGGGCUCGGUGUGAUAACGGGGGGGCUGGAUGCGCUCCCGGGCUCGGUGUGAUGGCAGGGGGCUGGAUGCCGAGGCUGGUGGAUGGCGGGGCUGGAUGCCGGGCUGGGUGCGGGCUCGUAUGGCGGGGGGCUGGAUGCCGGGCUCGGUGUAAUCCGGCCGCUGUUCAGGUUUUGGCGCUGUGUUCCGCCGUCUCCCAUUGGCCGCGGUGUCGGGCGGUGCUCGGCCUGCGUGUGGCUCAUGUGAGCCGGUCCCUCACCGUGUGAUGGCGGAGAGCGGGCUCCGAGCCCGGAGCUCAUCAUACCGAGUGUGGUCAUGGCUGGCCGGCUAUCAGCGCUACCUACACACUGUGAGGACUUACUGUACUGGAGUCUGCCGCCUGCUAUACAACUACAACUUCCAUGAUGCUUUGCAGUAUUUAGUGUAGGCUAUACCAUGUCUAUGGGCGGCCUCACUUAACCUCACUGUCUGUGAGAGGCAGCUUUACUCUGUGGAUGUGGCUGGCCGUGUCUGUGUGAGAGGCAGCUUUACUCUGUGGAUGUGGCUGGCCGUGUCUGUGUGAGAGGCAGCUUUACUCUGUGGAUGUGGCUGGCCGUGUCUGUGUGAGAGAGGCAGCUUUACUCUGUGGAUGUGGCUGGCCGUGUCUGUGUGAGAGAGGCAGCUUUACUCUGUGGAUGUGGCUGGCCGUGUCUGUGUGAGAGGCAGCUUUACUCUGUGGAUGUGGCUGGCCGUGUCUGUGUGAGAGGCAGCUUUGUUUCCAGUCCCCAUGCAGUGCUAUGGGAGCUGUCUGUGUUGUGCUUGUAAUUGGAACUGACCACUUAACAUGUGAUUUCUUAGUUUGCUUAAAGGGACACUAAGAAAUAAAAAUACAUGCACACCUACUGGCUGUCAAUCGCCUCCAUAGCCACUUAGUUAAUAUCCUGGCGUAACACCGAGCAAGAUGAUGCCAAGGCAACAAAUUGGCCUGGUGUGGUCUGGAGUAAUGACACUAGCCUCUGUUUUUAACUGAGGCAGUGUUCCUUAGAACUAAUGUUGCAAAGGUAGAACAGGAUAGUGAGCAGACUGUCUUGGCACUGGAAAAAGCACUCAACGUUUAACAUAGUAAUGUGGGUUAGUAACGGGAUUAAAACAUGAAGGGAGUUAACUACUUAAUGUGUUUCUGUGAAUGGACUGGUUUCAGAAUAUAACAUUUGUAAGUCUUUCCCUCCCAACUCUGAUCUCAAACAUGGCCCUUGUAAAACUCUAACAAAUUAAAACUUGUGUAAAAAAAGUCUGUAAUUACUCAGUAUGCUUAGAAGGCAUUAGGUACACUAAAUGAGUAGUGGGGUGACUUACAUCUUAAAAGACCACUCUAGGCACCCAGACCACUUCAGCUUAAUGAAGUGGUCUGGGUGCCAGGUCCCUCUAGGAUUAACCCAUAUUUUUUUUUUUAAAUAAACAUAACAGUUUCAGAGAAACUGCUAUGUUUAUAAAUGGGUUAAUCCAUCCUCCAAAUCCUCUAGUGGCUGUCUCAUUGAAAAAUCAGUGAGAACAUGCAAGCAUCCAUAGGAAAGCAUUAUGAAAGCUUUCCUAUGAGACCUGCUUAAUGUGCACGCAUUCAGCCAAAUGGGAGGAUCGGAGGAGGAGAGCUCCUGGCGCUGGAAAAAAGGUAAGUUUUAACCCUCUCCACUCCCCAGAGCCGGGCGGGAGGGGGUCCCUGAGGGCGGGGGCACCCUCAGGGCACUAUAGUGCCAGGAAAACAAGUUUUCCUGGCACUAUAGUGGUCCUUUAAGUCUAUGCUGGGUUUACUUGCUACACAGAACUAAACGGUGUAUACCUUUGGUAUAUGAACAGACCAGGUAUUUUGUCUAGCUUGCUGUUGUAUUCCUUAAUUUUUAAUUACAUACUGAUAUUCAAUAAUUGCUUAAUUUCUUGCAACUGGUGUGGCUGGAUUUUUGUUGGCUAAAUGACAUGACUUUUACAUUUUGGUCAAUAAAAACUUGAUGCCUAGUCAAAAGUAAAACCCAUGUGACUGCAUUCUUGCUGCUAAUCUAAAAUGAGCCAGCAUGGUUUCUAUCAAUUACUUGUUAAGUGAGUCUGAGACAAAUGACUAUUUAAAUUGUAAUGUAGCAGAUGUAAAGCCUAGAUAAUUGUCCAAAAUUGACUUAAGUAUAAACUGGUUUUGAUUCUUUGUAACAUCUUUAUUUCAAGUCCCCCUGUCUAGUUGUGUAGGCUGAAAAAAAAAGGAACUGCUCUAAUCAACAGGUGGAUUUUUAUUUUUUGUAGACCUGAAAUGAAUACAAAUAUGAAGCAGAGAUCUGACUCAGAGAAGCCUUCAAUGUCAAAGGUAACUAAACAUAUAUCCAAUAUUUUACUCGGAUUGAAAAAAGCUAGAAUCAAAUCUAAUCUGAAAAUGUAAUUUUGACUUUAUAAUAUAACUUUCAAUGUCUGCCAUAAAAAUAAGCACUAUAAGUUACUUUUGAGUAGGUCAUUGAAAAUGCAGUGACAUAGUUUGGAAUGCUAUUUUGUUAUGGCUGUUCCAUACACUAAAUGCUGUACCUAAAUCUUGGUGAUUAUGCAGAUGGGUAUUUAGAAUCUCAUCUGAUUAAACCAAUGUUGUAGUCUGUAGAUGCAUUUAAAUGGUGGUUUAUUUUUAAUACGUCACUUAAUAAAUGCUAAUGUAUUAAUCUCUUUAGCUCUUGUAUUUUGAAGGGUUAAAAAUUACUUGCUACAAAGGCAAAAAGUUAGAAGUAUAGUAGUAGUCCUAACUGCAGCUUGAACAAGUAAGAUUUUCCCAUAAGAUAGGUAAACUACAUGCUCGGUUUUGUCAUUUGAGCCACUGGUGUCAAGUGUUGCAAUUUGGUGAAUGUCAACUAAUCCAUAACUUUGAAAGGUUUUAAAUAAUAGCUGAAAUGUUUAGCAAUGUUGGUUCCCACAGUCUUUGCCAUUUGUUUUGUAGAGUGACAGUCAGAUAAUAAUCAGCAACCUGACCGUGGGAAAGUUGUGCUUGUGUCAUGUAGAGUACAAUGUGAAUCAGCAACUUUCUCACGGUAAUGUAGUGAUACACUUCUAACCUAUUUAGCUAGCUACCUUUUUGUUUGCAAUGGCAUGAAGGUAAUGUAGCUAGCUAUUUAAAGUCAAACCUGCUUAUUGACUGUAACCAACUUGUUUAUACAAAGUGGGCUGAUAGUCUUGUAAAACAAUGAAUUGUCUGGCCUUAAGUUAACGCUGCAUGGUCAGUAAACCUAUAAUUUCCCAUUGUCACAAUGUUCUAGGAAACUUAAAGAUCUUUAAAACCUUUAUUUUCAGAACUACUUGGUGGAUAAGACAAAUGCCUGUGUUGCUCCAAGGAGGACUCUAAAGGUUAUCCAACCCUCUGCAGCUGGCCAUCUUGUUGGAAGAGAUAAAGAGGUAUGGAAAACCUCUUCUUGCACAAUAGCCAUUUUCUACUUUAUCUUAUCGGUCUUCAGAAAAUGUGACUUUAAUCGGGUUGAGUAACUUGCAUAUUAAGAAACCUAAUUCUUAAUCAAAAUUUUAGAGCUAUAACGAAAAACCUGAAGACAUGCAUUAAAGUCUAUCAUGACUGGUCUAAAUCAUGUUUGUUAAUGAUCACUUGUCUUCCAAAUGCAGAAUUGUAGAAAUAAUGCAAUAAACUAUCUUGCACUGUAAGCAUUAAUAGUUAUAUUAUAACUUACAGCCCACCAAGAAUUCUACAAAAAGAAAACUGUGGAACGAUCAGCAAUCGUCAAAGAAAGCGAAAGUGGAAAUUGCUAUUGACCCAGAACAAGGAGAAAAUCGAGGAUGUUCAAAUGAAGCAUUUGAACUUAUGGUGAAAGGUACAUUUAACUGCUUUUAAUUUUAACUUUAGCAAACUCUGGUUAACUUGGUAGUGCAAAAGCAUUUUAAAGUCUUUAACACAAGUUCUGAUUUUUUUUUUUAAUUUUUUUUCAGAGAAUCCUACUUACCUCUACUGGAAGGAAAUAGCAGAGGAAAGAAGAAAGGCACUUUAUGAAGUACUGCAAGAGAAUGAAAAGGUAGGCUUACAUUGUCACUUAACUUAUACUGCCCUACUGGGCACUUAUGUUCACUCACACUGUAAAUAGAACAUAAAACUUCCAUCUAGCACCAGGGUAAGAACAAUAGUUUCGAUGUUGAAUCACUUCCUUCUCCACUGUCCUAUUGUAUGCUUCUACACAUGCUCUGAGCCAUGCCAGGUACUAGUGGAGAGAUCUAGGCCUCCUAUUACAAGCACACUGUACAAGGCUGCCCAAUAUGAAGUCUGUCAAAGUUCUAGACUGCCUAAGUAACGUGCCAGGGGUGAAGCUAGUAAGGGCACUACUGCCAUUUCUGAAUGUGAAUCAUCUAAAGAUGAAACACUGUACAUGGAUUCCUACCACAAUGACUACUUAUAAAGCAGUAUUCAAGGGGGUUAAAGUACCAAUUGCGUAAGACUAGCUUUCUAGUUUCCAAGCAAAUGCUGGUACAUGCUAUGUAAAUGUUUACCUCCUACAGGGUACCUAAGCUUGGUGCACCUUUGUAUGUACUGGUCACACAAUUGCUAAUCUGCAACUUUUUUGUAACCUUCUAUAGCUACACAAAGAAAUAGAAUUCAAAGAUAAUGAAAUCGAGCGCUUGAAGCAGGAAAAUGACGAGUUAAUGGAGCUUGCUGGACAUGUGCAAUACAUGACUAAUAUGAUUGAGGUAAGUGACAAACUGUAGCUGAGGCUGUUUACCUGCUAAUGUAAGUUAUAUUGUGUACUGAUAAAGUCUGCAUCACUUUGCAAGUCAAUUUACCAUACUUCCACUCAAUGUAUCAGUUUUGUCUCUAUGCCUGCUGAUGCACAAUGAUUCCUUUUCAAGGAAUUCUCUAGCACUGUACCACAAACUAAAAUAGUCACUGGCUUGCAUUCCUUUUUAAUGAGAAUUUUUUUUUUUCUUGCAGUAUAGUUCCUCUUUAAACUCUCUCCAUUCUAGAAACAUUUUGAUCUUAACCUGGUUUCCACUAACCUUAGCAUCUAAUAGACCAGAGAGAGGCCACAUUUGGCACUCCUGAUGACUACAUCCCCCACAAUGCUUACACAAUAAUGCUGGCAAACCAUCAUGGGCGGUAUAGUCCAAAACAUCUGGAGUACGACAGUUGCCUAUGCCUGUAAUAGACAAAGCGCUUGGUGACUUAAAGGACAAUAGUCACCUCACUUUAAUAUAAUCCUUUCAAGUUGUUGUGAACUGAAUUAUUAAAUUCAGUAUAUGUAAAAACAACCCUCCCUUUAUGACAGGUCUAGUUAUAUACAUGCACCUUGUUAGUGUUUUCAAUGUGACAGUGUUUCAAUGGUCUUCCUGUGAAGUGACCUCAGACUGACUGUCCAACACUCUCUGGGCAAAAGUUAGUGUGUAGCUUAAUGAUCCAGUCAUAUACUACAGGUACACGUGAGCUUCUCAAAUUUUUUAACAAAUUACUUUCUAUACUUGAUCUUAAAUGGUGUUAAGGUGACUUUCUCUUUAACAAGCAAACUUUUCACGUCAAACUACAUGAAAUUCUAGACAUGCGAGUUUACAAUCUAAAUGCCAUAUUGAAACCUGCAUGCCUAAAUAGCCAGAAUGUGAUAUAAAAGUUGUAUCUCUUCCAGAUACGGUUUCAUAAACGGUCAUUCAGAUAAGAAUUCACUACAAAUCAGGUGUCUGACUAAAAUUAAUGUGUUUUUUUUUUUUUUUUUUCUCCUCCAGAGGCUAACUGGAAGUGCCCCACAGAGCCUUGAAGAUCUAAAAAAUUUAGACUUGGAAGAAGCAAGGUGUGAUGAAGCAGAGUGUGAGGAGGAACAGGACUUAAGUUCUGAUAGUAUGAAUGAAGCAUCUGUUUAAACUAUGGUGGACUGUCAUUUGACUUUUAUUUUAAAGUGGCCAAACUAAUCUUGAUUAUCUGGGAUGGAAAAACUCCCCCCACACUUAAAGAAAGCAAUUUCAUACUCUUCCAAAGGCAGUACGCUUUGAUUUUAAAGUUUAUGGAACAUCCAAUGACUUCUCAAUUGGACUAGACUAUAUCUGGAAAUGUUUGUAUUCCAACUGGUCACUUGUCUCUACAGCAAAUACUAUGUAUUUUUCUACUUUAUAUUCUGUAAAUAGUUUUUAAUCUGUUGGCCUUGAUCUGAGGUGGUUGUACAUAUUUGAAUAAACUUCAAUUUGUAAGUACUUAUUACAGUAAAGUUUUCACUGCACCUCUCAAGCAUUCAGUAUGCUGGCAUCACUUAAAC